UGUCACUUUUCAUGGUUAAUAAUAUCCAAAUCGUAAAUUACAUUUAAAAGCUUAUGGGAAGUACAUCACAAGGCUACUUUGGUGAUGCCAUGUUGCGAUUAAUCUCAAAAUAUUAAUGAGCUCAACCGCAGAAAAUUUGUCAAGUGUUUUUUCAGCGCGUAAUUGAAUGUAUGACUGAAUCCCUGACGUGCGUGAACACAGGUACCGAUGGUCACAUUAGAGUCUUCAGCACCAAUUUGCGCCAUAGCGCAGCGUGCAGUGUGCGUCAGCGCUCAAGUGCAGCAGUCAAACACCUUCUCACAUAACACACUAAGCAGACACAUAACUUUCUAAGGUAGGAUUUGAUUUACAAUGGCUGAUAACCUUAAUUGCAGCAGCGGUAACUGCUCCAGUGCGCAGGAAGCGUUUGAUUUAUCCGAGGGACACUUUACACUCGUGAAAGCUGCGGUUCUUGGGUGCAUUUUCGUGCUGGCAACAUUUAGCAAUUUAUUCCUCCUCCAUGCCCUUUGGAAAAGACGGAAAAGACGGACUCGAACUCAGCUGUUUCUCCUGCACCUGUGCCUGGCUGACCUGGUGGUCGCUUUCUUCCAAGUGCUGCCGCAGUUAUCCAUGGAGAUUACGCACCGGUUCAAAGGCUCUGAUCUGGUGUGCAGAGCAGUUAAGUAUCUUCAAGUGGUCGGGAUGUUCGCGUCCACGUAUAUGAUCGUGGCCAUGACCAUAGAUCGUUAUCACGCGGUCUGCAAACCCAUGGUGUCGUUCUUUAGAGGGUCUUUCCGCAGGUACGUUGCCAUAAGCGCAGCAUGGCUCAUCUCCCUGGCGUUCAGCGCUCCGCAGAUGUACAUCUUCUCUCUCCAAGAAGUUGAGAAGAAUGUUUUCGACUGCUGGGCGACGUUUAUUGAGCCCUGGGGAGGUAGAGUAUACAUAACGUGGAUCACUCUGUCCGUGUUUGUUCUGCCAGCCGUAAUCUUGAUGUAUUGUCAGAUAAAAAUUUGCGCAGGGAUCUAUUUCAACAUGAAGAGGAAAGCCUUGCAGAGCAGCACAGGUGAUGGGCGCUCCAGCACUAAAGGGAUAUCAAGCGCAAUGCUGAAGACUGUCAAAAUGACUUUUAUUAUCAUCCUGGUGUACACCCUCUGCUGGAGCCCGUUCUUCGUGGUCCAGCUCUGGUCAGCUUGGAGUCCAAGCAGUGCGCCCACGCAAGGUCCAGUGUUUGUCACUAUCAUGCUCCUCGCCAGUCUUAACAGCUGCACAAACCCAUGGAUCUACCUGUAUUACAGCUAAAACCUCAAGGACACUGAUCACCCACAGUUCCUGCUGCUGAAGACUGCAUGGUCUAAGCACACACUUAUACAUAAGCUAUUUCUAACAACUGAAGGGGUUUUGGCUAUGGAAAGUUGCUGCCUAAUUUGGCAGGGUCAUUUGUUCUUAUUAAAAUAAGAAAUAUACUAUGUGUGUGGCUAUAAAGAGAACAAAGGAGAACUGUUUCCUUGUAAUUGUUGCAUGUGCAUGUGCUAAACUGUAAAUGUAUGUAACUGUAGAUAUUCAAUGAUUCUGACAGGUGUAUGACUAAUGGCACCUUGCCUUUGUGUGAUAAUGUGCCCUGUGAUUUACAGGUAAUGAACCAGUCUUGUAUCAAGAAUAGUGGCUCUUAUUUUAAGAAAAUCAACUUUUAUUAUAAUUAUUUCCCAGUAUAGAAAGAUAUUUAGCACAUUUAGCAUAAAAAGAAUCUGCAGACUGUCAUUGCAU